ACUAAACCGGGUGUAAGUUUUGGGCUCAACUCGCGUUUCGUUUCAGUGGCUGCAGGAUCCCUAGCCGCCAACAGAGGAUUUUCUCCCGAGGGACUCCGGCGACGAAUUCCGGCCGACAACCACCCGCCACCCUCCUCCGAAAAUCCUCUCACCGCCUCGGACUUUUCUCGGGCCAGUUGUUUAGUUCGGAUUUCAGCAAGUUCUGUUCUGAGUUCCCCACUGUUUCUUUUUUCUUCUUUUCCCAUCAAUUUCUGUGGUUUAAGACUUACAUCGCCAAUGGACGGUGAGGAGGUGCCGGCUUACCAGCCUGACGUCGGAUUCGAACAAGAUACAAGAGAGCCACUUUUUGAUCUUACCACUGCUCGCUCUAGUUCAACAGAGCUUUGGCUUAUCCAAUGGCCGCCCCACGACCUUCCUGAUAUCCACGGCAAGGAAGUAUGCAUUAAUUUUGAUCACAAUGGUAGCUCGGGAAGUUUCGAGGAUCUAUCAGGGAAAAUGUAUGAUAUAGUCGGCACUGAUGUAGAGCGAGAUGCAGCAGUCUUCAUGUCCUCUGGUUCAGAGACCGAGAUCGUUGGGAAUAUUUCUCACCGAGUAUCCCUGGUGCACUUUCCCGACCCAAAGGAAAUCGAGGAGAGAGUUGCCGAGAAGAAGUCAAAAAGGCUGUAUCAGAUGACUUCAUCGAAGAUAAAUUCUUCACACCAUUCCUCAGGUGUUACAGAAAGUAGUAGGCUGAAGCACUCAACUUCAUCAAGGGGACCUGCAGCCUCAACUCAUACAGGCAGGGAAGGACUGAGCGCUUCUAAGAGAAGGCACGUUCAGAAGAGCCCUGGAUCAAAAGGUGGAUCUUCUGACUCCAAACGACGUCAGAGUUCUUCGAACUACAUUUCCGGGACUUCAGAACACUGAAGCUAAAUUGUUGGAGUUUACCGUCAUCGAGAAAGGCUAGCUGGUAGUAGGCUAGUAACAGCAUUUUGGAUGUGCAGUUUUCAAGCUCCGACAAACGAUGAACAAGAUCUUGCGUUUGAUGCAUCCUCGUGGAGGUGGAAUGAUUACCACACUAGUCUUCCCCCGGUCACCGUUGAUAUUGCUUGCAAACACUGUGGCUGCCAGCGAAUUAGGAUGUUUAACAACUGUCGUCUGCUGCCGAUCCAUGAUUUCUGCACUAAUCUGUGCUCCCUCACUGAUUGUUAAAUGAUCGAACGAGGAAGCAUUCAAUAGUAUAUACAGGUUGUAGACUGUAUCUCAGAUGCUUGGUUAUAUAGUUAUUUCAGGUGGUAAAGGAGAAAUCUUCAAGAGUACGAAAUUGAAAUGGUUUGUACGUGGCGCCAUGGAAGGAACCUUCCUGUUGUGCCCUUUGUAUAGCAAGUUUUCUUGCUACAGUUGGGCCAUGAGCAGCGGCUGCGUGCAUGCUGAAGGCAUUUGUAAUUGGACAAAGGAAGUCGCACUAAGCUCUUCUCAAAUUGCUGAGUAAUUCGAUCAUUGAGUGAAACUGAAACCACCUCAUUCCUAGUUUGUUGAAUGAGUGGAAAGAAAACAUCAUUCAGCCUAGACUACAUCAAAAGCAUAUGCCAGGAGCAGCUGAUUAUCGUCGGUUGUUCACCGAACAUACACAUGCAUGUACAAGAAAAGACUAGCAGAGUUCAGUCUGGGUUUAUAUCUUGUAAAUUGUAAUCACCAGAAAGCAACAGCGAGACGUUAUCAAUUUGUUAACAAA